GUCACCCGGCCGGGCGGCCGCGGGCAGCGUUAGAGGCCGGCGCCGGCCUCCCGGGCUCGGCGGGCCCCGGAACCGGGAUACGCGGCCGGCGCGGGGGCGGGGGCGGCGCGGGGCCCGGACGCGCCCAGCCAGGUUCCGGGGCCCGGGCGAGGCGCGCCGGCGGCGGAGGAAAAGUGCGGCGGCCCGGGAACCUGGAGACCGCGCGAGAUCUGUGACCCCGAAAGCCACCCCUGUCCUCGGCCGUGGCUCCCGGUGCUGGCCAGAAGCCAGCUUCAUGUCCGAGUGCGCAGGCGACAGCGGGCCAUGGACAGCCUGGGCCUGCAGACGGUGACCCUCAGCGACGGGACGACAGCCUACGUCCAACAGGCUGUCAAAGGAGACAAACUGCUCGAAGGACAAGUGAUCCAGCUGGAGGACGGGACCACCGCUUACAUCCACCAAGUGACCGUGCAGAAAGAAGCGCUUUCCUUCGAAGAUGGGCAGCCCGUCCAGCUGGAAGACGGCAGCAUGGCCUACAUACACCGCACCCCCAAAGAGGGCUUCGACCCCAGCACCCUGGAAGCUGUUCAGCUGGAGGACGGCUCCACGGCCUACAUCCACCACCCCGCAGCCGUGCCGGCCGAUGGCACCAUCCUGGCCGUGCAGACGGAGGUGGGCCUGGAGGACCUGGCCGCCGAGGAUGAGGAGGGCUUCAGUGCAGACACCGUGGUGGCCCUGGAGCAGUAUGCCAGCAAGGUUCUGCAGGACAGUGAGGCGCCCCCCAACGGCAAGGCACAGCAGGUCGGGGACCGGGCGUUUCGCUGCGGCUACAAGGGCUGCGGGCGCCUCUACACCACGGCGCAUCACCUGAAGGUACACGAGCGUGCCCACACCGGGGACCGGCCAUACAGGUGCGACUUCCCCAGCUGCGGAAAGGCCUUCGCCACAGGCUACGGGCUCAAGAGCCACGUGCGCACGCACACCGGGGAGAAGCCGUACAAGUGCCCGGAGGAGCUGUGUAGCAAGGCCUUCAAGACCUCGGGGGACCUGCAGAAGCACGUGCGCACGCACACCGGGGAACGCCCCUUCCGGUGCCCCUUCGAGGGCUGCGGCCGCUCCUUCACCACAUCCAACAUCCGCAAGGUCCAUGUGCGCACCCACACAGGCGAGCGGCCCUACACCUGCCCCGAGCCGCACUGCGGCCGCGGCUUCACCAGCGCCACCAACUACAAGAACCACGUGCGCAUCCACACAGGGGAGAAGCCCUACGUGUGCACGGUGCCGGGCUGCGGGAAGCGCUUCACUGAGUACUCGAGCCUGUACAAGCACCACGUGGUGCACACGCACUGCAAGCCCUACACAUGCAGCUCCUGCGGCAAGACCUACCGGCAGACGUCCACGCUGGCCAUGCACAAGCGCAGCGCCCACGGCGAGCUGGAGGCCACGGAGGAGAGCGAGCAGGCGCUGUACGAGCAGCAGCAGCUGGAAGCCGCCUCUGCCGCCGAGGAGGGCCCCCCGCCGCCCAAGCAGCCCCGCAUCGCCUACCUCUCGGAGGUGAAAGAAGAGGGCGACGAGGCCCCAGCCCAGGUGGCCAUGGUGACCGAGGGGGACGGCGCCCCUCAGGUGGCUCUCAUCACUCAGGACGGUGCCCAGCAGGUCACCAUCAUUACCUCUGGGGCCGUGGUGGCUGAGGACACGGGUGUCACAUCCCUUCACCAUCAGCAGGUGGCGCUGCUGGCCACGGCCAACGGGACUCACAUCGCUGUGCAGCUGGAGGAGCCGCAGACCCUCGAGGAAGCCAUCAGCGCGGCCACGGCUGCCAUGCGACACGGGGCCAUCACUGUGGAGGCUGCUGCGUCCGAGAGUGGCUGCUGAGCCCAAGUGCUGGGUCCCGCACUGCACCACGUCGGAGACAGGGUGCCCAGCCCGUGGCCAGCUUCUGGAAAGUGGCCACACGCGUCUCCAGGGCCGAGGGCAGCAGGAGAGCAGACCAGCCACAGGGGACGGCAGCCCUGCCCUGGCGGAGGGCAGACCGCUGGAAUCAGGGGUGCUCCUUCCUCAGACACUCAGGAGAACAGACUGGAUUGGAUGCCAGCCUGCAUCUGAGGGCCCCCCUCGGGGUCAGCAGGCGCCGACGCUCCUCUCGCUCAGGAGCACCCUCGUGCCCACCAUCCACUCCCCUGCUCAGGUGGCAGCAGGGCUCCGGAGGAACUGGCCGUCCCCUUGCGCUGGUCACUGCCCAUCGGGGAGAGGGCAGCCAGCUCCCCUCUCAGCAAUACGCACUCGCCAGAGGCCAGCAGCGACGCCUGGCCUACCCCCCUGCAAUCAGCCUCCCUCAGGGGUCUUCGCUGCAGAGAAAGUGCCCAGCCCCCCUCCCCCACCCCUGCUCCCCACCUCCUCAGCAUCCCCCCAGCCUCUCUGUGGCGGAGAGGCAGAGAGCGGCCUUGUACAUACUGGGGAUUUGGGUUUACAUUUUUUUUUAAUUCCAUUUUGAUAAUCUUUUUUUUUUUCCUGCUCUGGACGGUGAUGGCAAACGGGUGAAUGAGUAUUUAAUAAAAAGUUUCAAGUUUC